CCUCCUCCGCCACCUCUUCCUCUUCCUCCUCCUCCACACUCACCUCUUCAUCUUCCUUCCCUUCCCUUACCUCCUCAAUCUCCUCUUCUUCCGUUUCCCUAAAUUCUUCCUUCUCCUCCUCCGUCGCCGCAGAACAGGCGCAGCGAGGAUGGCGCCGCCCUCCCCCUCGGGCGCAGUCGUGCUGCUGGCGGCGGCGACGGCGCUGGCCCUCCUCGCCCCAGCGGCCGCUCAGGACCUGGAGGAGCUCCACAACCUCUUCCAACAUGCUGUCGGCAACGAGACGGAAUCGGGUCCCCCGAGCGGCCCCCCUUCGGUCACGUCAGUCGGGGGCCUGCUCGUGACGGCCGCGCCCAAUGGCUCGUUCCUUCUGGUCAACGCCACCACCACGAGCACAGCUUCGCCUCCGGACGACGCUGAGGGCCCCGCGGUCCCCCAGGCGCCGAGUGCUGGCGCGUCGACCAUACCGCAGGCGCCGACGAUCGAGCCAGUGCCUGAAGGAGCGAACACUGACAUACCCUUGCCAAGUACCGAAGGAGGAGACGCCCCGGGGCAAGAGCCAGCUGCUAACGACACCACGGCAGCAGGACAGCCGGGGGAGAACGCCGCGCCGGCGGAAGCCUCGUCUUCCGGAGUAGGAGCGCAGGACGCGGACCUGUUGCCUGGAGGUGAGGGAAGCGAGCAGCUGGUCGAGGCGCUCGCGACAGGAGAUCCGGCCGAAGGGUCCAAUGCUGAGCUGAUUGCUCCCGGCGUCCGGCCCGCUGAGGGCGCCGGCCAGGGCGAUGGGCAGCCGGCGUUCGUUGGCCAGUCCCCCACUGGCCACUUCGAAGGCCAGUUCCCCGAUCAGUCACAAAGCGAUCAGUUCCCCUCCAUUGGAGUUCCCGACGGCUCAUUUCCAGCUGAACAAUUCUUGCCUGUUCCAUCCAACCAAUUCCAAGGCGAUCGAUUCCCAGCACGUCCAGUUAGUCCCUUUCCGGGGGGGCAAUUCCCAACUGGCGGCCAGCUGCCGCACAAUCUCUUCCCAGCUGGACCAUUUUCGGCCAGCCGCUUCCCUCCCGGCCAAUUCCAGGGCGGGCUUUUCCCAAGCAACCAGUUCCCGGUUGGACAGCUCCCUCCACUUCGACCUCCCAUCGGGUCCUUCCCAGACAGACCUCUUCCUGGCGGCACUUUCCCCUUGAGUCAGUUUCCUGUUGGCCUGAUCCCCGACAGCCAGUUUCCUUCAAAUCAGUUCCCUGCUGGACAAUUUCAUAAUACUCAGUUCCCCAACAAUCAAUUCCCCAGCAACCAAUUCCCCACCAAUCAGUUCCACCAGCCUCCCACAAACGAGUUCCCCAACAGCCAAUUCCCUAACAACCAGUUCCCCGAUAACCAAUUUACCAACAACCAGUUCCCAAAUAGCCAAUAUCCCCCAGACCAGUUUCCUAACAACCAGUUUCCCAACAACCUGUUUCCUAACAACCAGUUCCCCAGCAACCAGUUCCCUAACAACCAGUUCCCCAACAACCAGUUUCUUAACAACCAGUUCCCCAACAUCCCGUUUCCCGCGAACCCGACCACCGGCGGCCAAAUCCCGAGUGGUUCCCACGGGCAGUUCCCCCUGGGCACCGGCUCGGCGACAGGAACUCGCCCAGGGGGCGGGGGCGUGUGCAGAUUCUUCUGCAGGAAUGCUUCGGGCCAAUUCCAGUGCUGCUCCGCGUAGGUUUGGAGGCAGGAGAGGAGGCGGGUGGGGUUGGGGGAGAGAGCAGGCAGAGUGUGUGAAUGGGUAAUCGAGUAAUGCUGAGGAAUCUGAGGACGGUGGGAAGGAUAUAUGGCUGAUAUUUAACGAGGACAUAAUUUGUACAGAUAUGUUUUUCGUUAAGAUAAUAGGUAUUCAUUAAUGUUAGCAUCCAUAACGAUAGAGAUAAUGAUACUACUGAUAAUAAUAGCAUCGAUGAUGAUAAAAUGCUAAUGAUGAAAAUUAUAGAUAAUAUUUUAUGAAGGUAAGAAUGAAAGCGAGGAAUCCGGAAAUGAAAGUGGGAAUAAAAAUUGGAACCAAUAAAGACUUUUUCUAUGUCCCAAUGACCCGUUCAUAGAUGAAGAAUCUUGCUUCAAUUGCCCAUGUUAUCUAUGAAAUGAUUUGAAGGUGUAAAUCAUUUUAUAGUAAAUAAGUAAUAAGAUAAGCUUUAUUAAAGAACAGGGAGACGAGUUAGUAAUACAGUAAGUUGGGGUAACAUCCCUCCUUAAGAUAAAACAAACAGCAGCCAUAUAGUUUUCAGUUCGAUUAUGAAAAAGUUUUCUCGAAAGCUCACUCAAUAUCAGCUCACCUUGCAGCUUACUUGAUGAAAAUAGAACAUUUUGAUCUUUUUCAAAGGGGUAGA